AUGCAAGGUCACCUCACCCAGCUCGGCGACGACCAUGCUACAGUAUGCGAGAAGUGGUGGCGGCAGUAUGGCAACUCGGUCUUCCAGAUUCGACUUGGCAACACGCGCGCUGUAAUCGUCAACUCCUUUGAAGACUGCAAGAAGAUCCUGGUCUCGAACUCGCAAGGCCUGAUUGAUCGGCCGAAACUGUACACCUUCCAUGGCUUGAUCUCAUCGACACAAGGAUUCACUAUCGGAAGCUCACCAUGGGACGAGAGCUGUCGUAACAAGCGCAAGGCCGCAUCGACUACCUUGAGUAAAGGCAUGAUGAAGAAUUACUACGACAUGUUCGAUCUGGAAUCCUACUGCAUAGCUCGGGAUCUCUGCCGCGACAGUAAGAGUGGGGAGGUCGAAGUCAGCAUCCGGCCGUACAUCCAGCGCUAUGCCCUCAACACAACCCUCACAUUGUGCUAUGGUAUCCGCAUGGACGCAGUCUACGAUGAUCUCCUCCGUGAGAUCCUUGAAGUUGGCUCAGCUAUCUCGCUUCUACGCUCCGCCUCAGAGAACUACCAAGAUUACGUGCCCAUUCUGCGAUACCUACCUAACAACGAAAAGAACCGGCGCUCAAAAGAACUGCGCGAGCGACGAGACAAGUAUCUCAAUGAGCUUCUAGACAAGGUCCGCGAGAUGAUCAAGAACGGUACUGAGAAACCAUGUAUCAGCGCUGCUAUUCUCAAAGACGAAGAAACCCGCCUUACAGGUGUCGAAGUGAGUUCGAUCUGCCUGUCUCUCGUGUCCGGCGGUUUCGAAACAAUACCGGGUACGCUAGUCUCCUGCAUUGGUUCUUUGUCUACACCCGAAGGCCAGAUCUACCAAGAACGCGCGUAUGCGGAGAUACGCAAAACGUAUCCGGACGACGCAGCGUUGAAGGAAGCCUGGGCAACAGACUUUGAGAAAGAGACUGUGCCCUAUCUGAACGCGAUUGUGAAGGAGGCGGGAAGGUACUAUACAGUCAGUAACAUGAGUCUACCGCGUAAGACGAUGAGCGAGGUCAGGUGGGGCGAUGCGGUCAUACCGAAAGGGACGAUGGUGUUGAUCAACGCUCAAGCUGGAAAUCACGGUAGGGCUUCCUUCUACUGCACUAAACCCAUGAUCCUUUCACAGAAGACUGACAGCCCGCAGACACAGACUACUUCGGUCCCACCGCCGCAACCUUCAACCCCGAACGCUGGCUCACACCCCCCACCUCCCCAUCUUCCCUCCACACACCGACUCCCCACGCGAACCCCCCUCACCUCUCCUUUGGCGCCGGCUCUCGAUCCUGUCCCGGCGCUCUGA